AUGAGGACCCCACUGCUUUUAGUGGUGAUUACCGCCGUUCUUGUUGGCGGACAAGAGAUUCUGAAAAACCCGGGCUUUGAAACCUUGUCUGACUGGGACUGCUGGUCAAUCCACUGUGAGCUGACCACUGACCAUCACGGAGGAAGCCAUGCGCUGAGCGUUACUGAACGAAAAAAGUAUUACCAGGGUCCGAGUCAGACAGUUCCUACGGUGGAAGGACGAGUGUACCAUGUGCAGGCCUGGGUGAAAAUGAUCAACGACAACAGUAACAUCCAGCACAUUGAAUUGAUGGUGAACCACUUACUGAAGAAUGGACACAAUAACUACGACACAGUCUCAGCUCAAGUUCCCAUCAGCACCAGAUCAGGCUGGGUCUUCUUGUCUGGGGAAAUGGUCGUUCCUCGGGGAUUGAAGAGAAGCCUGCUUUAUUUCCAGGGCCCUGAACCGGGCCUUGGUUUUCUCGUUGACGACGCUUCCAUGACGGAGAUGCACAUCGACAACAACAACUGGGUGGCCGAGGCAAACGCUAGGAUAGAUAAGAUACGGAAAAGUAACAUUCACGUCAAAGUUUCAACCGACAAUGGCAUGGAUCCUAGCUCGGUGACUGUUGAGAUAACGCAGAAGAAACAUUUGUUUCCUUUUGGCACGGCCGUCGUCGCCUCGUCGAUGGGUAAAGAUAACAGUGGGUCGGAACAGAAGUAUCGACAAUUUAUAUUCGACAAUUACAACUGGGUGGUGUUGGAAAAUUCCCUAAAAUGGCCCAGCAUGGAGAGAACAAGGGGUCACGUGGAUUACGCCACUUCGGAGACCGCCAUUCGGAGGCUAAAGAGUCACGGAAUCAAAGUUCGUGGUCACAACCUCAUUUGGGGCGCGUCUCAACAGUUCACUCCGUCUUGGUUACUUCCCUUGCCUCAGAACGAGAUCCAAGCAGAGGUUAACAAGCAUAUCAAAAACACAGUGACGCAUUUUAAAGGCCUGGUAGAACAUUGGGACGUGAACAACGAGUUACUUCACGGUCAGUACUACGAGAACAAAUUCCACGACCCGGAUUACACCAAGAAGAUUUUCCGUCUCGUCCAUCAGUAUGAUCCUGAUGUUAAACUGUUUCUCAACGAUUAUAACGUGGUUUCCGGAGGAGGAUAUACCGAGGCCUACCUGUCGCAAGCCAAAGAUUUCAAAGCGUCCAAUACUUACCUGGGAGGUAUGGGUGUUCAGUGCCAUUUUAGCUCCCAACCCAUUCCUAUGCUGAUCAAGCAAAAAUUGGACCGUCUUGCAGAAGCUGGAGUUCCGCUUUGGGCCACAGAACUGGAUGUGAUGAGCGACGAUGAGCAUCAGAGGGCUGACCAGUACGAGACGGCUUACCGGAUGUUGUUUUCGCACCCAGCUGUAGAGGGCAUUCUGACCUGGGGUUUCUGGAGCCAGCAUCACUGGAGAGGGGAAGCCGCGGCUCUCGUGUCAGGACCCGAGUUUAGGGUUAAUGCUGCUGGGAAGAGAGUUCUUCAUCUGAUGAACCAGGAAUGGCGGACCAAUGACAGCCGUCCUCUCUCACAAAGUUCGUCUUACACUGUCCGCGGUUUCCAUGGUGACUAUGAAGUGAAGGUCAAGGUCAACGGACACACCGUGCAGACAAAGCAGAUAACUCUGGGGAAAAGUGACACGAACUUAAAUUUACAUGUACAGGGUGGUCAUUGAAAAGCUACGGAAUAAAACAUUAAACAAGAAACUAUUGCUAAUGGACAAGAGUUUGUUACGCUGUGAGCUAAUUUGUAUUUUUGUCCUUUGAAGACACACUAUAAUUGUAUAGUAUAUUAUAUUAUUAUUAUAUUAUAUGACACUUAAAGCCAAACUUUAGAAUAGAAUUCUUCUACAACUGACUGAAAGUUACGACAAAAUGAUUCCUUUAAAGUUUGACAAGAAAUCAUUAGGUACAUGUACAUAUAUGGUGUUUUCUUGUGGCGGGGCGAGUCCAUGCCGCCAAAGCGCUGUCGCCACUGAAGUAUCACGCCGAAGACACCAGACACCCAGUCACAUUAUACUGACACCGGACCAACAGUAAUGUUUCCUUGCUCUAACCUCUGAAUGCUGAGCGCCGAGUUAGGCAGAGGCAAGUACCAUUUUUAAAGUCUUUGGUAUGACCCGACCCGUGUUUGAUCCCGGGUCUUUCGACUACGUUUUAAAGGUGGAGAAAAAGUAAAAAUUACAUGCAGUUCAGCUGAAGGAUUGUAAACAUUUAAUUGUAAAUGUGGCUUUCAAUAUUUUUGGGAUUUAUCUUUAAAGAGAA